GCAAAAGAGUAAUAAAUUGAAGCUAUUAGAAAAUGUUUUAGCAAUUUAUAUCUAAAGGUCAAUGCAUUGUAUCGCGUGUUUAAGUUAAUCUUAAAAACUGAAAAAGAUUUAGGAUUAGUAAUGCAUUGAAAUAAGGCUGGUUAGCCAUUAUUAUCAACAGUGUUCCUUCAUGUGAACUGCAGGUAUGACUGGAAAAUAAUAUCUAACGGAAUAGACAGAUCAAAAUUGAACAAAAAUGCUUCAUUUGGAAACGAGCAUACGGCUAAAGACAAUACGGAUAUUAUCGUGAUAAUGCGGAAUAGAGUGUCAUAGUAACAUAGAUGUUAGUAUAUUACAAAUUCUUGUUGCGGUAUUUUCUCCUUUCUUUAAGUGAAUUUGUCUUGGCAAAUAUUGGCCACCGGUCAGUCAGAGAACUGUAGUGCAUUUUUAUAAAUAUAUUAAUGAGGAACUCGUAUAAUCAAAUUGGAUAUAUAUAUAAAACUUUUUUUUGUUCUUGUGAUUGAUUUAUUUACCAAAAUUAAUUUCCACGUUUUGAAAGGUGGGUUAGAUAUGAACUGAUAAAGUGGAUUAGCCAUUAUCUGAAAUUUGAUAUGGGUAUUUUGAGGCCAAUUUACGUGUAGGAUUUCCACUUUUAGAACAAUUUUGAAUAGAAUAGUUUUCGUUAGAGAUAAAGUAUCGAUAAUACAUCGAGAUCUUUAAAUGUUGAUGUAGAAAUUUCAAUAGAAUAAGUAAAUAUUUUAUAAUGAAAAUUGCAUGUAUACAAUACGACCUGUGUCAAACAACGUGUACGAAUCUUUGAAAGAAGAAUUAGUUUGUAUAAUUUAAAGUGAAAUACUUGGUUUAAGUUCUUGUAAAGAAACGCAACACUUGUGAUAUUCGAUAAAAAGGAAGUUUAUGCAUUCACAACAAUUCUUAAUGUAAAGAUUUCUAUGUGGAGUUCUACAUAAAUUGUACAACAACACAGCUUAUUGUGUGAUGUGAUUCUCAAAAUUUGUGAGACUGUGAUUUUAAAAAUUAUCCUCAGUUUAAAACAUCUUAUUUACAAAACCAGAACAGUAACUUGCAAUAAUGGCGUUCAAUGUAACCUAUGGAAACCUUCAGAGUAAUAACAUUAAACAUCUUUACACAACACGCGAGAAAACCAUGCAUAAGAACGUACCGAGACAGAAGUUUUAUAGACCAGAAUUCCUAGAGUUAGAAAUGCAAGCUUGUGAGAGGCAUAAAAAACGGAGUAAAAGACGAUCUAAGCCAAACAUGGAGUUUGUGCCUGAGUUCGAUAUAGAAGUUCCACGUGCCCCAGCAUUUAGAGUUGCAGACAGAUCUUAUGUUGACGAAAUGGUUGCACGCUUAACACAGAGACCGAAGAUAAAGUCUAACCCGCGUGGCUGUGGUCAUUAUCAGCGCGGUUUUCACGAGUAUGAAUGGGAAGAAGAGGAGUUAGAAUCACCACGUGACCCAGUUUCCCGCCGGAAAAUGCACAGUAUUUUGGAUAGAUUGAUGCAGCCAGUUGGAUGCGGGCGCCGCCACCAAUCCCCUGACAUACGUGAAGACGAUUAUCUACCAAACUUUAAAUUUUGAUUAAAAUAGUAUUAGUGGAUAACAUUUUUGUAUUUGAUGUCAUGACACAGCUAUUCUUUAGGACGUCGUUUCAACGUACGUUGUAUGUCGCACAGACGACGUCAAAUAGUACCAACUCUACGUUUUCGUAAUUUUUGACAUUCUUUGUAUACUGGCGGAGGCUAUUUAUGAAGAAACGUGAAAACUAGUCAUUCCAUAAUUUUUAUAUUUUUAAUGACUUUUAUAUUUCUGUCAGUACAAAAACUUUUUUGAAUAUACAGGUUUAACUUUUCAACAUUUAAGACCCACUAAACGGAAAAAUUAAAAUCUUCAAAAAAAAGACAAACAAGUCUACAACCUGUUAGACUACUUAGCUGUAUAGGAAGACAUUUAUAAAUAUGCACCAAAUCAUAACCUCAAAUUAUCCCCUUAUAUGGGUCCUUUGGUCAAAAUGCAAGAUAGGCGAAAAGUCAAGUUACUUUUUAGAGACCCUUUCUUAUCUUGGACCAGUCCUUCAAAAGUUUAUUUUCGAGAAAUGGUUAAUUUUUCGUGAUCUCCGGGUGUUGGAGAAAAUAAAUCUUUUGUAGAAAGGGUCAAAAAUGAUGUUUUUGUAAAAAUCUUACGUCGCCUAUUUUCAGCAGCAAAUGCCAUACCGGGGGUAUUUCUAACGAUGCUUUACGGGUACGCUACUUUCUAGCAGUUGAAGAUUAAAACUUAAUUGCUGUUAAAUUAUAUAUGUACUGUGUUCAGACGAACCUCCUUGAAAUAAAAAAUGUUUUCACUGUC